AUGACCCAAGAUACGACCGUGCCAAAAUUGGUCACCGUCAUAAUCACAACUUCCCCCACUCCAUCUGCGCCUUCAACGCAGCUUGUCUCUGCAGUCCUCGAAUCAUUUGAAGAGCAUUGUCAUGCUUUGACAUUAUGUAAUGUUAUUGUUGUCUUCGAUACUUUUGAUCAGAUAUUACCGACAGCACGACUGAAGAAAGGACAAGUCACGCCUCAGCAGGCAGCAGACUUUGACGAAUACAAGAAGAAUGUCAAAGAACUGAUACUCACAAAAUAUCACCAGGUCGGUGCUGAGUUUGCCCAACGGCGUGCCACAGCCGAGUAUGGUAGUCCCAAACCUCAGAACACCGUUGAGUACACGAUAUCACAAACAGGCGACAAGAAAGUCACCUUUAUAGAGCCGUCAAGACGACUAGGAUUCGGUCUUGCAGUCAGAUCAGCUUUGAGAGUAACCCAAACCCCUUUCGUCUGGGUGCAGCAACAUGAUUGGGCUUUGGUAGCAGACGUCCCCGUGGCACCUCUUGUGCAAAUCAUGAAAGCAUAUGAUUCGCACCAUGAAACUCCCAUCAAGUAUAUAUGCUUAGCUGCUAUUCGCAUGCUCUCACAUGCCAUAUCCGAACAGCAUCCAGUCCUGCGAGAGCUAUCAACAUCUUUCACACAAAAGUACGAAGAUCCGUCACAUCCUGGUGUAAAAAUACCCUUGACACCGAUUUACUUCUGGCAUGAUAAACCCCAUCUUGCAUCAACGGCGCACUACCUCGAGAGAGUGUUUCCCUCACGGUUGGCUAUGCUACGAGGAGAUUUUAUUGAGGACAAGAUCGGACAAAGAGCUCGCGCCCAGAUGAAGGAAGGCCUCUGGACGAAAUGGGCUACUUGGCUUUACUACCCUGAUGACGGGAAACAGCUAUGUUUGAAACAUCUACAAGGGAGGACUUGGGCGGGUGCUGAACGACAAGCCGAUAGAGCUGCUAUGUGGAGAGAAAGGAAUGAAGCUGAACGGGCAGCUCAAGAUGACGGCUGA